GAAUUAGAUAUUUUGCUUAGUUAAUUUGGCAAUUACGGUAGAAUUUGUUUGGGAAAACAUAAAAUAUGGCACAGCAACAAGCAGACAGCGACAUCCCACGUUUCAAGUUGGUACUUGUUGGUGAUGGAGGUGUAGGCAAGACAACGUUUGUCAAGCGUCAUCUUACUGGAGAGUUUGAAAAGAAAUAUGUGGCAACCCUCGGAGUAGAAGUCCAUCCGUUAAGUUUUCACACAAAUCGUGGAAAAAUUAUUUUUGAUGUCUGGGACACAGCUGGACAAGAAAAAUUUGGAGGCUUGAGAGACGGAUAUUAUAUUAGAGGUCAAUGUGCGAUUAUUAUGUUUGACGUGACGUCCCGUAUUACGUACAAGAACGUACCUAACUGGCAUCGCGAUCUGGUUCGAGUUUGUGAGAAUAUUCCCAUCGUGAUGGUUGGAAAUAAGGUCGACAUUAAAGAUCGCAAAGUGAAAGCAAAGGCAAUCGUUUUCCAUCGAAAAAAGAAUCUGCAGUACUAUGAUGUUUCGGCCAAGUCCAAUUACAAUUUUGAAAAACCGUUUCUUUGGUUGGCACGGAAAUUAUGCGGAGACGCCAACCUCGAAUUUGCGGAAAUGCCUGCUCUGCAACCACCAGAGGUCAGCGUAGAUCAAGAAAUGAUAAAAAAAUGGGACGCGGAACUUGCUCAGGCUGCCAAUGCACCUUUACCAGAGGAAGAGGAUGAUUAAUUUAAAAAAAUCCCCCUCCCACUUUUCGAAAAAAAAUAUACUCAAUCUUAUGUAUGGUCGAAGUGUUGCCACUCUCAGCCUUUCCUUGAUGGCAAUAAACUCGGCAGAAUUUUAUGGUCAUUACUCCCACCGGAAAUACUCUCUUGUGCCUCCUUGUUUAUAGUCUCGGCAGUAUUUUGUAUUAUUUCACCCUACUGGAGAAAAUACUCUCUACUGCCUGCUUGUGUAUAGUUUCGGUAGCAUUUUGUGUUCUUCCGCCCCACUGGUGAAAAAUCUCUCUACUGCCUCCUUGUUCAUAGUUUCGGCAGCAUUUUGUGUUCUUUGCCCCCACUGAAAGAACUCUCUACUGCCUUCUUAUGUUUGGUCUCUGCAAAAUUUUGUGUUCUCCCACUGGGAAAAAACCAUCUACUGCCCUCCUAUGUUUCUCUCCCACUAGAAAAACUCUCUAUCACCCCUUGUGUUUAGUUUCUUCUUGCAUCUCCACUGCCCUCUAGCAUACAAUCUCCGUUUUUUAUUAGCCCAUGCUAGCUCAUCUUGUUUUCAUGAAAGAUAGCGAAAUUUUGUUGUUUUACUAAAAAAUAAAAUUCAGUGCCCAUUAUUUCACAUUGCUAUAGCAGUACUACUGGGUAGUUUUUUAAGGAAUUUGGGUUUCUAUCGGCUACUUAAUAGUUCUCACUAGUCUAGCGUCUCUAACUUUGCUCUGUUUUGGAGAUUUAGAAAUGUAAAUUAAAUCCUGACUGAAUGAUUUUUCCAAUUUUUAGAAAAAUAUGUUGAAUUAUCGCUAGAUUUAAUAUUUCUUUGGGGAUUUGGAAUCACAUCGAUUCUUUGAAAGUCUGUUGUCACCUCUCAGUGCGCUACAAUCAAUGUAAACUUAUCUGACCGAAUAGAAUAUUUUAAGUCUGUGAGGAAUUUAAUUCCAGCUGCUAUACUAAUCAUCCGCAGAAAAUUAAAUAUUCUAUUCUUUUUUGAAACAUUGCUAAUUGAACCAUUUGCACCUUACCAGGUCUGUGCUGUUUUGAGAUAUUUGAAACAUGAAAAACUCAGUUUACAACUAAAAGUUGUGUGUGCGUCUUUUCAAUCUCUAUACUAAUUAGGCCCUUUCAAGUAGACAAUUUAAACAUUGACUGCAAUAUAUUGUUUGCCCCUCUGUAUCAGGGGUGUGCACACUGCGGCCCGAAAAAAAAAAUUGUGCGGCCCGUGAUGAAAAAACAAUUUUUGAAUUGUAUGCUCGCGAAACGAGUAUUAAGUUCGGAUAAUCCGGUAUAAUCUGCUAGCAAAAUGGAAGAUUUAUAUUACAAAAAUGUGUUCCUCACUGAAGUGGUUUAAAUUUAAAUAACAGUUUCUCAAAAUAACAGACGCCCAUGCGUUUUAACUCGCUAUUUUUGCAAGAAAGCCUAAUAGUGUCGAAAGAUCAUUAGUAAAAAUAAGCAAUUUUUGUGCUUGCAACUAGUAAAAGGUCUCCACGGCUUCAACCGGUUACUUGUAUUUGGCCCGCCCAUGAAAAAGGUUGCACACCCCUGCUCUGCAUCAGGGCUACUCAACUAUUUUUACCGAAGAUCCGCAUACAAAACUUCAAAAAUAUUUGGGUCCGGUCUUUUCAGAAAUUAUAUUUGGGCAUCCUUGAACAUGCACUUUCUCGGCCGACUCAUGAUAAUUAGCUAAUCAAGAUUGUUUAUUAUGGCGUUAUAGUUCUUUUCGUAUAAGGGAUAUUAUAAAAGGAAAACUUCAAAAGUGGGAAUGUUGAUCCAAAAUAAAGAAUUAGUUGCAGUCCAAAUCAAAUACGGGGAAGGAUCGGAUUGGGAACGCUAGUUGAGUAGCCCUGCUCUGCAUGACAAUCCCCCUCAGCACUCUCUGUGUGUGCUGUUUCUGUAAACAUCUAAUACCCAGUUUGCAACUCUCCUCUCUAAUUAGGCCCUUCUACAUAGACAAUUAAAAUAUUGGCUGAAGUAAACCAUUUGCUCUUUACUGGUUCUCUGUGUGCCUUAUCACUGCCCUGGUGAGGUUUGUCUUUAAAGACAAUUUAAAAGUUGGCAAAACUAUCGUUUGCUGAUGUUGUUUUGCAGGAAUAAGAUUUUGAAAUGCCAGCUAAACUAUGUCGAUUGCUUCUUAGUGUUCGGGAAUAUAAUCAAUAUUGUCUAUAUUAUUAUAGAUUUUCAGUUUUUUGCUACAUUCGUUAUUUUGAAACAUUUCAUUCCCCUAAUGGUAUGUAUGAAAACUCUGGUUUCCGAUAUAUAAUGGAUAAUUAUCUAGUGAUACAUUCGACAUGCACUCUGCGCUUUAUAUAAUUUAAAUAUAAUUGAAACCAACAUAAUUGGUAAUUGAAUUAAUGGGUUUCAUUCAUACUGGGACACCAAUGUGCCAUAAUAUGUAUUACAUUAAUACUAAAGUCAAGAAUAUUAGAAAUACCACACAAAUAUUCCCUGCCUCAAGACAAUAAAAUUUCUUGUUGAGUAACUCGGUAUAGAUAAUUGUAACAUUGGCCCAAUUUAUUUAUAUAUCAUGAAAUGCCAGCUGUGUGAGUAAGACAGAAACAACCCUGGUACUGAUCCACACUAUGAAGCCAAAUUUUGUUUUUCGACGCUGAAAUUUUUCAAACAAGUUCAACUAUUUCAAUUUGCUAUUUCCUAUGAAAACCUUGUUCAAUUUUUGUAGCCAAGUACGUUCAUUUGGGCUGGAGAAAAAUAAAAUAAAAAUUUUAGUUAA